AUGCCCCGACCGCAGGUGAUCCAGAUCGUCGACUCCAAGCACCAGCAGCAGCACCAGCAGCAGCUGGCCAGCAACGGUGCGGACACGGUGCGCAAGACCUCCAAGAACGGCCAACAGACACAGCGCGAGUUCCUGCACAAGGUGGACUCGGUGCGGAACUACUGGUCCAAGAUGCUGGACGAAGUCGACCAGCAGCAGCUGGACGAACCCGACACAAAAAACGACCUCCGGCAGCAGGAGGCCCAGGAGCUAUCGGGGUCAAAAAACGGUAAUGCCGAGCGGAAGGCCAGCAUCGGCUCGGCAACAUCGGAAGCAUCGGACAGCUCGAAGCACACCACCUCGACGAAGGCGGCCUCCUCGAGCGAGGGCAACAUCGUCCGGCCGGCGGCGGUGACGUCGUCCCGCAACAAGUACCCCACGUACCAGCUGCUGGACGACGAGGACGGCGAGGACGAUCUGCACUGUCAGAGCUUCAGCCCGACGGUGGAGAUCAUCGAGCUCGACGGCCACAAGCAGGCGGCGCUGGUGAAGCCGAAGAACGCCAAGGACCUCGACUUCGACCACGUGCGCUACAAGGUGAUGAAGUCGGAGAUGUUUCAAAAAAACUUGCUGGUAAACCAUCGGAAGGCGGCUCAGUUCGAUGGCCUGAUGCAGUACCUCCAGGACUACAGCUUCCAGGAGCUGCUCGCCCACAACAACGUGGUCAUCAUUGAGCCGGUUCGGACGAAGAUCGAGAAGAUUUCGGACCGGACGGGAGGCGGCGUUGGCGGCGCCGGGCGAUCGGAGCUACCGGCCGGUAUGUGCCGGAUCACGAACGGAGCGUUGCAGGCGGCCAGUGUUGCCGCCGCAGGCAAGCGCCUCCAGCAUACGGUUGGCGGGGCGUCGGUGGGCCUGAAGAAGCACUUCUUCUACCAUCCGAUCCGCGUCAACAAGGAGCUGCUGGACGAGGAGCUACCGAGCCCGGACACGGUGCGCAACGUGCGCAAGCUGUUCGAGGGCACGCUCCGGUUGGGGACCGCCGCCAAGCAGGCCUACGAGGAAGCCAAGGCCAACGGUACCGCAGCAGUAGGCAUCCGCAAGUGGGACUCGGCCAGCCUGUCGAGCGGCGUAUCGUCCAGCGGUGACCUCAGCUCCCCGUGUGACUGCGGCGAGGCGGGUGAGCACGGGACACCAGCGGCGGUGACCGACCUGCUGCUGCACGAGUCGCACUACGUCAGCCAGGACGUGCUGGAGAAGAUCCGCGAGUGUGGCUCGACCGUCACGUACUACGGUGGGCGCGUGCUGGACAAGCGCACCGAGCACAUCAGCACGAUGACGCGGGCCAUCAUGCGGGAGAUACGGGGCCAGGACCGCAAGUGUGGUGUCUGUCAGCCGCACAACUGCGUCGACAUCGGCGAUCACGAUCACGAUCCCGAUGACGACGGUGUCAAGUUCAAGCUGGUCAAAUCGAACAGCUGCAGCAGCCGCCUGGAGCUGGCUGGGACGGGCAAAACGCCGCCGGAUUUGUUGCGCCCGAACGGGCGGAUGCGCGGCCGACAUCACAUCCCCGAGGAGAAUGGCAGCGGCGGACCAGGAUCGCCGAUCGAGGAGCCGGAGGAAAGCGUCCGGGAUAUGGUGAGCCGGCUGGAGAGCAGCGGCACGCUGGCACCGCGCUCUAAGCCACGCAUCAUCGAAUCGAAGUGCAUCGAAAAGGGCGAAUCACCGACCGCGGACAUCACGAUCAACAGCCAAACGACGCUGGACGGCGUGGCGGUGGACCAUGGAGACCCGGGAGCAGUAACGCCGGUCACGGUUAACAAUCACAUCAACCAUGUGCAUCACGGAGCACCACCACCACCACCACCACUUGUGAUACCGCCACUGCUGAAGGCUCCCGGCAAGGUGGACCAACCGCCAGCCGUCACGGCCGCCGCCGCCGCCAUCACCUCCAUGGAGCGACCGACGAAGGUGUGCCGGAAUAAGAACGUGGACCUAGCGUUCGCGGCCACCAUGCGCCAGAUAGCGAACCUGAACGGCACCACGAAGUCCGCCGCGUCCGUACGGAAGUCAUCCUCGCUGGUGGCGAUCGGGGCGCCGGAGGACGGCACAUCACCACCGGACAGUGCACCGCAGAGUGCUUCCUCCGUCACCAAGACGGUCACGUUCAACUUCACCAACAACAGUGUGGGGCCCGUGAACGGGAGUGUCGAAAGUGGAGCGCCACAACAGCAGCAGCAGCAGCAACCACUGCCGGUGGUGGACCAGAGCGAAAAUCUGCGGCCGAGCGCCAUCGCCGAGCAGCGGAAGGCGGACGAGCUGACGUCACCGAAGCUGGUCAACUGGAGCACCAUCGGGCGGUUCGACGAGCGCCAGUACUUCGCCAACGACCGCAAGCUGAUCGAGAAGCGCAAGUACGACGACAUGGAGUUCGAGGAGUUCGAGGUGCUGGACCCGAACGCGCCACCCUCGUCGGAGCACUACGACAGCCUCAACAGCAAGUGAGGCCGGCGCGCGCCCACCGAAGUGUAUUGCCGAAAGUAUUUGCCAGUGUCUUUGCCGAGGGCACCACUUCCACUAGCAGCACCGCUACGCCAUUUAGUCAGUACUCCGAGCCGAGUCACCACCUUGUAGGGGCUAAGGGGCGACACCACCUUUCCCCAAUUUCCCGCACACUUGCUUGCUGCAUCUGUCGUAUUUUAACUAUUUAUCGUCUCGGACGAGAGUGCCCUUUUAAACUCGUGCGCAGAACAAACGAUAUCCCCCCCCCUGGGGGGGGGGUCUGGAACUAUGUUUUAACUUUAAUAUUUCAUGUACAUACUGUAUUUUACAAAAAAAAAAUGGGAAGCAUUACUAAUAUUCUGUUGCUUAUCAGCGCACCGCGUCUUGGGCAAAGAAACGACGAGCUAACGUUUUUGGGUGCUUCUGAAAGCAUAGGAGAGAGAGAGUGAGAGAGAAACCUCAGCGAGUGAGUUGUAAUUUAUCUGCUAAACCAAACGGACAGUGAAGAAGUGGAGUAUGGUUGUACUUGGAGAAGGAACACACCAUAGACCCCGAAAAGCCUUCGGUGUCGGGCAUCCUAAAGCCCGCGUAGUGCGACGUAGCGUUUGCGAAACGCUCUACUAGUAAACCGCCAACGUCAAUAACAUG